CGCCGGGGCAGCGCUCGGCGAGGGCGGCGUGGCGGAGCCGCUGGCCGCGGGGCCGGGAGCCUUUAGGGCACAAGACAGCACUCGCGUCCCGGCCCCGGGGCUACCAUGGUGCUGCUGUCCGGAGACGGGGAGCAGCUGGCGGGGGAGCAGGUCUGCCCCGCGCCGGCUGCGGCAAAGGAGAUGCCAAGCACCGAGGCGGAGAGCAGCCCCGAGCAGGGGGCGAUAGGGGCUGCCGCCGAGGGACUGGCCGAGGCGGAGGACCACGAGGAGGAAGAGGAGGAAGACUAUGAGGACUACGAGGACUUCUCCGAGCUGCCCGACACCUGCAGCAUCGCCUCGGACGACUCCUUUUAUCCUCCAGGGGGGCUGGAGGACGACGAGGAGGACUGUUGGUCUGUGGAGCAGGAGGAGCGCGACAGCCCCGAGGCGCUCACUCUCUUUCGAGCAUGCUGCACCAACAACACCAUCGUGCUUAAAGCACUCAUCCGCCAAGGCCCCGAGGAGGAGGAGGUGCGGGAGACCGACCGCAACCGCCGGAAUGGUCUUAUCGUUGCUUGUUACCAAGGUUAUGUGGAUAUUGUAAUAGCCUUAGCACAAUGCCCUCACCUUGAUGUGAACUGGCAGGACAAUGAAGGGAAUACGGCUCUAAUUACAGCUGCACAGGCAGGGCACAUAACCAUUACAAACUAUUUGUUGAACUACUUUCCCGGGCUUGAUAUUGAGAAGAGGAAUGUGUUUGGAUUCACAGCACUGAUGAAAUCUGCCAUGCAGGGGCGAACUGAAUGCGUGAAAGCCUUGAUGUUGGCAGGGGCAAAUGUUCAUGCGACUGACCCAAGCCGAGGGCUGACUUCGUGGGAAUGGGCUUGUUAUACAGGAAGAUCAGAAUCUGCCUUCAUCAUGCAAAAACUGAUGGACAGACCAUGCCCAGAACAGUUUUGUGAUCAAUAUAAACCAGAAUGGCCAAAGAUGAAGGAACUCCUUGCCAAGGCUGCCGAGCCAAAAAGCUGUCUGCAGAGGAUUUCUGAGUGUAUGAGGGCAGCAGUCUCGUUCCGGUCCUUCUAUGGUCCAGAAGAAGAUGGGGUCCUUGACCACAUGGUGAAGGUGACAACAAGCUUGAGCAGUCCUUUCAUAGCUCUGUCAUGCCGGACUGUGUGCCCAGGCAGCCCACCAUGUGUUGGGAAACGCAGACUGGCUGUGCAAGAAAUUGUUAGGAAGCAGAGAGCCGAGGAGAUCCGAUCUCAGGACAAAGAUCACUUUAGCAGCUAUGAGAAGCUAUUUCAGAACUCCAGAGUCACACUGGUCCCCAAGAAGAAGGACCGGCGAGCCAGCCUGCAGCCCAUCAGUCUGGCAGUCUCUCAAGUGAACACUAUAGCCACCAGGAAAGCAAGCCUCUUGCCACUCCACCUGCUUAGACGAAGCAGUGUGAGGCCAGGAUUUGUCAUCCCCAAAGUCCGUGUCAGCAAGGCUCCUCCACCCACCUUCCAGCCAGAAAAGGCAAGGAGGAGAAGCAGUGCAAAAGACGACCCCUAUUUACAGAUUCCCAAAUGGAGAUACAAGGAGCUAAAAGAGGAGCGGAGGAAGGCAGAGGAACACGAGAAGAGAAGAGCAGCAGAGGUUCAAAAGCAGAGGCAGGUGUCCCCUGCCAGAUGCAAGACCUGAUUUAAAGGCAGUUGCUUAGAAGUUCUCAGAAUUGUUAGUCUUGUUAUCUGAGCAAGAUAACAAAUGGAAUGCCUUUGUGCAUGCCCACUGCUCACAGAGUGUAAUAGCUGCCUUUAAGGUGCAGAACCAGGGCAUGGGCUAUGCCACAGUGUGUCUGAUGGUGGAGCAGGAAGGUAUUUGGGUUGAAAGAUUUACUCAAUUUACCUGUCUGCUGUUGAUAGGAGGUUUUAAAUGGUGCAGUCCCUUUGUGGUCUCCUUUUUUCAAAGUAUGGUUGAAUGACUGAGAAAUGGCUUGGAAAAUAACAUGUGUGAAAGGGUUGUAUUUUGUGUCUGUUCAUUUUGUAAUGGACAAUAUUAAGGAGCUGUGCUUUUGACACUAGACAUUCCUCUCUCUCCUCGCUUAGGUCAAUGUUUUACAAGGUUUUUUAGUAAUAACCAAAAGUUAAAACUAUACCACAGUGUUGGUGGGCAGUGAAAAUUCAGGUCUACAAUUGCUUUGAAUAUACUGAGCACUUUAUUUUAAUUCUAGUAAUCAAAGUUUAAGGCAGGAUAGGUAUUAUACUAGAGAGAUCCAUACAAUCUGUAUGGAUGCAGUUUCUAAUCCUGUUGUUUGUUCUCUUGAGUGUUAAAAUGGGCUGCAUAUGCAAUACUU